CUUCUCAGCACGAUCCGAGAGACGACCCGUACGUACACACACACACGGCUCUGGUGGGGAAACCCAGCCCCCACGGACGAUCAAAGGUGGGAGGAAAAGCCGAGACACAUCCUGUCUCUCCCUCACGGUGCAGUAAUGCUGAACGCUUAACAGCAGCUCUAGUACAGUUAAGGCGGAGAGGACCUUGUUUACCAGGCUGGAAAGGAAACGUUAUAAACCCUUUGUCUUGGAAGUCAGCAUCUCAGCUGCUGGUGGUGACAUUAACGCUGUGGACUGCUUCAAGCUAUUUCUUUUAUUUUAUUUUUACUUCUUUUGUCGAUUGCCCUAAGAAUGUCUUGAUACAACUGCAAAGAAAUUUCCAAUUUUACAGCGUUUCCAGCGGACGCCUUUGAAUUCACAAUGACAGCAUUUGAUGUUUGAGAAGCCUUUGUGGAUGCGUGUGUGUAUGUGUGUGUGAAAAAAUAUAUAUCACAUGAUCUCAGUUUGAAGCAGAAAAACUGGAAGAGAGAAGAAAUUCUGUGUGCUUUUUUCUUUUUUGCUUGGUCAGCUUUCUCGAUGGUGGCAGUGGCAAAUUCUACAUACGUGGUCAAGCACAUAUACUACAGGGUGCUGUAGGUUUUGGUGAUUUUAAUAUUUUUAUUUUUAUUUUAAAUACAGUCAGGGUGCACUGUGAUCACAUUUCUUCUGAAUUGCCGAUUUACGUUGAAUGUGUAGGAAUAUGCUCAUGAAGGAGUAUCGGAUCUGUAUGCCUUUGACAGUUGAAGAGUACAGAAUUGGACAACUGUACAUGAUCAGUAAACAUAGCCAUGAACAGAGUGAUCGUGGAGAAGGUGUGGAGGUGGUGCAGAAUGAACCCUAUGAAGAUCCAAAUUAUGGGAAUGGUCAACUCACAGAAAAACGGGUUUAUCUGAACAGCAAACUUCCAAGUUGGGCAAGAGCUGUUGUCCCCAAAAUAUUUUAUGUUACAGAAAAGGCAUGGAAUUACUACCCAUACACAAUUACAGGUAAGUGGUGUUCAUUUUUGCCUAAAUUCUCCAUUCACAUAGAGACAAAAUAUGAGGACAACAAAGGAAGCAAUGAUAAUAUAUUUGAUAAUGAAGCCAAAGAUCUUGACAGAGAAGUCUGCUUUAUUGAUAUUGCUUGUGAUGAAAUUCCUGAACGCUAUUAUAAAGAAUCAGAGGAUCCUAAACAUUUCAAAUCAGAGAAGACUGGGAGAGGCCUAUUAAAAGAAGGCUGGAGAGAGACUCAAGAGCCCAUUAUGUGUUCCUACAAGCUGGUGUCCGUGAAAUUUGAAGUGUGGGGACUUCAGACUCGAGUAGAGCAGUUUGUUCACAAGGUGGUCAAAGAUAUUUUGCUGAUUGGUCACCGACAGGCUUUUGCGUGGGUGGAUGAGUGGUACGACAUGACUAUGGAUGAAGUCCGAGAGUUUGAACGAGCAACUCAGGAAGCCACCAACAAGAAAAUUGGGAUCUUCCCUCCUGCAAUAUCAAUCUCUAAUGUCUCCCUCCCUUCUUCAAUCCGCAGUGCUCCUUCUAGUGCUCCGUCUACACCUCUAUCCACAGAGGCACCUGAAUUCUUAACACUUCCCAAAGACCGGCCGCGGAAAAAAUCUGCCCCAGAAACUCUCACGCUGCCAGAUCCAGACAAAAAAGCCCUCUAAUCCCAGCAUGUUUUCUAAUGACAAGCCAUGACUGACAGAAUAGUAUUUGCAAAGCUCAUGGUUGUUGUUUUAUUUAAACAUUUUUUAUUGGUCUGGAAGUAUGCCUUCCCCACUCCACUCCCCGCACCCUACUCAGGCUUGUCCCUUAAACUAGUUAGCUAAAUGCAUGCAAGAACAUAAUUCAUGUGCUCUGAUUCCCAAACUAAAGCUCUAAGCCAUAUGACAGAUGUUGCUAUCAACACAAAAUGAAAUUGCUUGCAAAAUCAAUCUCUUUGUAGCAUCUGUAAUAAAAGAUAUUCUCAUAUAUAGAAUAACAAUAUUUAUGACUGAAGAUGUUAUAAGAAAUUAAUCAAGCUGGCAAGGACACUUCUAGAGAAUGAAGUCCUAUUUAGAGACAGGUUCAAAUGACAUUUCUCAUUUCAAGCCAUUCUAUCUCAAUUUCUAAAAUCCUUUUUACUCUCAGGCCAAGUGCACCUUAAGGUAAACCUUUGAACUGCUAUUCGCUGAUCAACACUUGAAUACCAACAGUAAUUAUUCAGAUUCCAGUUUUACUGAAUACAAACUCAGGAUUUGGAGUAUAGCUAAUGCACACUUUAAGCGCUUCAAAAUUAAAGAACCAGUGUGCUAUCGCUCUGGGUGUAAGUCAUUAUACUUAUUUUGAGUCCCUUGAACUAUUUGUAUCUUCCAGAAAAUUUGUAACUCCUUUUUAUUGUGUGCUGUUGUAUAGCUUUUCUAUGUUGGUAUUUGAGAGUCUUGUUGCAGGGAGAAAAAUGGGAAUACAAGCAAUGAAAUAGUUUACAACGCCUAAAUGAGAAGAGGCUGUCCAAACCUGAGGCUGACAUGAUUAAUUCCUAACUCAAUGAUUGAUUCAAGCCCUCAGAAUUCCUAUGAAGGCUGCUAAAAGUCAUGAUCCAAAUCCCAUUAAAACUCAAAGGAAAAAAUCAGUCCAUUUUUCACAAGAUUGUGAGCAGGCAUUAAGCCUUUCUAGCCUAUAAAAUUUCUCCUUCUGCUAAUGAUAGAGAAGAAUGCUCAGCAACUGAUUUGAUGUUUCACAGAAAGAGGCCAUGUUAGCCUGUUGCAGAAAAAAACAACAGUCUUGUGGCAGCUUAAAGACUAGCAAAUAUUAAUCAUAAUAAAAUGCAGUAGCCUUUAUUAACUAGCAUAUUAACUAGCAUAUGUUAAUCAUAAUAAGAUGCCACAAGACUCUGUUGAUUUGAAUGAUCUCUUCAAUGUAAGAGAAUGUGCCUAUGUGAAGUAGGGGUAGGGGAAUAAUGGGCAUACCCUGGGACAAAUCAAGAUUUCUGAGGGGCAUUCCCUAGAACUCAGUUAUCAACCCACUUGUUCCUCAGCUUGUGAGGAAAGAGACACGAAUGCUGGAAAACGUAGCAGCAGGAGGAAGGCAAACAGGAAAGGCAGUCUCUUAAGCUUGCUCGCUUCCUUUGCUGUAUCUUCUGUAUUGCAUGUGACAGUGGGUCUCUUCAGAUCAGAUGAAAACAACAGAUUAUUUUAAUUGGUAACGCCUUUGUUUCAUUCUGGUACCAGAGGCAGGUAGAACAGUUGGGGUGUGUGUGUGGAAUAAGUGAACACAAUCAUAUAGAUUCGUUAUGAGUUUUAAGAUCUCCCCCAAAAUGGCCCCACUUACAGCACUUUCAGUAGGUAGGGAAACACACCAUCCAUUCAGGUGACUGAGUUAACAGUAAUUAGCAGACUGGGAUAAGGUGAACAAUCAAUAUAUGCCCCAAAACUGGAUGUUUAGGUCAGACACAAGCUCCCAUGCUGAAAAUCCAUUGUCAAGACAAUCGUGCAUUGGGAUGCUGAGUGCUGAAUAAUAUUCUGAAAGGAGCUCUAAAGAGCGAUACUACUUCAUCAAAACUGGUGGUGGGGUAUAUAAGUUCAAGGGUGUGAGAAGCCCAGUUUCAGCUCUCAGUGUAUGGACCAACAGGAGAUAGUGGGCUGGUUCAUACAAGCACCUCAGUCCACCAUGGCUUAUUUAAGCCACAGUUGAAUGUAGUGUGUGCCAGCAGCCAUUUUGUAUAUUAAAACCCUGGUGUGGAGUUGCCAUGGUUUGUCAUGCCAUUCAAACCCAGGUGGCAGGGGUUGUUUGAGUGUUAACCCUCAAAUAACCCAUGAUCUGUUGGACAACAUGAUAAACCAUGGCAACCCCUGCCAGAGGCUGAAUAUUCAAAAUGGCCACCGAUACUGUAAUUCAUUGUGUCUUAUUUAAGCCAUAGUGGGUUACAGUGAUUGUGCAAACCCAGUCAAUACUGUAACUGCAGAUUAUUAAAUUCAAGUGGAGGGGAAAGAAACCUUGUGUAAAUUAGCUACCUACAUAUAACAAUUGAAAGACAAAUCUCGAUCCAGUCCUCGUUUUACAGAACACAACAGCACUACGAAAGACGUGUGGCAAUCACCUAAAUAUGGGUUUCUUCCAGAAGCAAAGCAGCCUGCUCUCCAUUUCCUGAACUAUUUCUUUCAUAUUAAAAUUCUCUCCAACAGGGAAGACAGAAUUUAAGAGGAUGUUCUUUUGGCUAUGGUAAAGAAGGAGAAUUACAGUAUCUCUUGUACCCUGUCAGACAUUUGGGAAAGAGAUAAAAUCUCACUGGCUUGUUGGUCUUCAAUCAGCCUUCAAUUUCAUGAGAUCCAGUUACUUCCCCAUAUCACAAUUUACCAAAUAUUUUUUUAAAAUAAUAAUAAUAAGGUGCCCUUUCUUGUCCUGAAAUAACUGUCCUUCCAUUGUCCAACUGUUGAGGACACAAUUGAGGACAAAACUGCAUUUAAUCCUUAACCAUUUCCUUUUGCUAAUGUUCUUAGUAACUAGCCCUUUCCGACCUAUAUCAGGCCUUGCAGAGUGGUGAAUAUGUCAUGAACUUGUAGUGAAAUUAUACCCUUGUACUCUCAGAGGCAUAUAGAAAUAUACAUACAGACCUCAGGGUGUUAAAAGAAACCGUCUUUGAAUAAUGGAAAAUAAGUUAGUGAAUACAUUCCUAGUAAAGCAUGGUAGCAUGAUUUAAAUCCCCCGUCAAGUUCCAAGUGGUUUUUGUUUAAAUAGAUGCAAAGCUGUAUAUUUUGAGGGGUAGUUUUUGUCAUGGAGGUUGGGGUGUGAUGGGAGAAUGGGAUGUACUGUGUGGAUUUGAAAGCUUCAAAGACCCAGUAGUUCUAAUUCAGUACUUGAUACACCCACCACUUAGCUUCAUGCCUUCUCUCAGUUAUCGUUCAUAUUCUCAUAUUCCACAACACGCUGAUGUUCUAUGUAAUAUCUUUGUUUCUUAUUAUCACAUGCAAUUUUUUUUGCUUUGCUUUGUUAUUGUUAUAUAAACCUACUAUGAAUCAGCAUAUAGCUAUAGUUAACAGACAUGUGUACUACUACCAAUUUAAUUGUGAUAAUUUCUGUAGGCCUAGAAAUAUAUGUUGCCUUCCUCCUUUAGACGGUUUUGCACAAAUUAAUGACAAGACAUUAAACAGCUUUAUUGUGUUGGUUUAUUUUAAACCAUCUCACUUCCUACUGUAUUAUUGUUACUUUGGCUUGGGAAUAAGAUCAGGCAUUUGUGUAAAUGAAUAAUGUAUCUUAAGAAGAUACUAGUUAAAAGACUUCAUAGUGCAAACCAGAAACAGGAAGAUAAUAGCAUGCGAUGGAAAAAUAAUAAUGGACUUUUCUAUGAUACCUCCUUUACUUAAUGCUCUGGCUAUAAGCAUUUUUUCAACUAGAUGUGCUAUCAAAAUUUGGUGCUUAAUGAAUAGACACAAAAAGUUUGAUUCUAUUGCAUGUCUAAAUGAUGGCUAGCACAAUCCUUAUCUGCCUCCUGCACUCUGUCUUUAUACUGGUGGGGGGCUAACAGAAAUUAAAAUGUUACUUUUUAGGGGAAUAGCUAUGACAAUAUAACCUAUGCUUUUCAUGGUCUGCACUAGAAUCCUCUGUCAUAUUCUGUCUUCCCUCACUGCUUUUGCCAUUAGGUUAUCAAAUUUUUAACAACUUUUUCUUUUCUUUUCAUGCUAUGACAUUUUUUAAAUAUUUCCAACGUGAGAAUAAGUAAAUUAAAUUCCUAGCAUAUUUUUGUUGCACUAAUAUGUCUUUUAUACAAAAAAAGGUUUGGCUGGAUUUCACUGCUGGUUUGUCUGAAUUAAUUUGUACAAAAUCUGUUGUAUAUUUUUAGAGGUGUUUCUGAGGAACAGACAGACAUGUAGAUGUUUAUAUUAUUUGUUUUGUGGAACAAAGUGGCACUCUCUUUAAAGUGUGGUGCAGCAAAGCAAAACUGGAGUAUUAUUACAUUACGGUGAUGUGGUUCCUUUGCCCUUUUUUGUGAAUAGCAAGUUGUAUAUGUUGAAACACUGCUAGGGAAGAUAAAUUAGGAGGUGUAUAUUCUGAAAAUAACCUUUCCUAUGUGUAAGAUAGAUUCUUGAAAUUGUCAGCUUUAAACUCCCAAUCUUGACAUAUUCAGGCAAAGUAUUCAUUGAAGUGCUUACUUAAAGCUGUACCUUGCGAAUCUUAGUAAUGAUGGCUCAACACUGCUGUGCAUGCAUCAAUUACGUUUGCCAAGUAACAUGUGGAUGAUAUACAGAUGCCUUUAAAAUCAUGUACCUGUAUUGGGAAACCUUGAUUGGACUCAAGGGUGUUUAAAGACUAUGUUAUCAACACGUGUUUACUAUGGGAAACACCCAUUAUACACAUACAAAUUGUGUUUGUCAAUAACAUAUCAAGUUGCUGUAGGAUAAAGUUGAGCCCUGUUGCUCUUCGCAUCUGAGCAGCCAUAACUCCUGCUAGUAACAUUGACUUCAUGAUUGUAUAUUAAAUCUACAUCAUCUUCCAGGCUGUGGUCCUGCAGGACAAGACCAUUCAAGUGGCGCUUCUCCAAAAUAGACAGCUCUGGAAAUUGCAUCUUCAAUCAGUUUUCCUUAUUCAGAUGAUGUUUUAUCAUUUAAAAGCUUUGUUAAUGUGAGAAUAGAAAACAAAUGUUAUGUUGUUUUAAUUUGAAUAGUAAUGAGCGCUACACUCAUGUAAUAACACUUUGGCUUUGAUCCAAAAGUGCUCCUUUACAAGCAGAAGGUUUUCACUGAUCCCCUCCUACCACUGUAUCCCCCCAUAGCAUAACCCAUAUCCUUCUGGAGGUUCCCAGGACAUAUGGGGUUCUGAAGUGGAAAGCAGGGGUAGGAAGGCCCCAUUGGGGAAACUGAAUUCCUUUCAUGCAGCUUUGGAUCCAGGCAAUUGUGGUUUGCUGCACUGAAAUUUUAAAACACAUCAAAUGUAUUCAUUUAAAAUACAUCACAUGUAUUUAUAUCAGCCAGUAAAUGCAAUAGGGGAGGACACAUGAACUUGUCAAUAGGAACUUUCCAACUGUCAUUAUUCAGACUUUAUUUAGAUGUCUUGUUUCAUAAAGGCUUGAAGCUAAACUACUCUUAAUUGUUUUUCCCCUUGUGUGGACAGCAUGGUCUUUGAAUUACAGUUGUCUCUGAUUUUUGAAUGUUACUUAUAGAGAUGAGUUUUUAUUUCAUUUCUGUGCCAAUCCUUGUGACUUUGAAUGUUGUGUAUAAUAUUAGUGGUUUUGCUGAUAGGAGUAGUGUUAUGUUGGUUAGAUGAGCUAGUUCCAUGAAAGAAGGACCAAGUGACCCAAGUUAAACAAUGCAAGGCUAAGUAGAAGGAUCUGAGUCUCAUAGUUACCAUGCACACCACUUAAUUGUUGCUUUUUCAGUUAUUUAUUAUUGUUGUUUUUAAAAUGGCCUUUUCUUACAUUCUGUUGUAAAUAAACUACCGAUCAAUCUUU